GACCAGAGCGCAGAUCGACUGUCAACUGAGCUGGCUUUUUUAGUAUUAUUUUGAGUCUAGAAGCCCAUGCUCUUAUAGAUCAACCACACGCUUGGCUUUGGGACAUCCUCCACUCUGUCUGGCUCGUCUGUCUUGGCCAGAGCGAUGUCGAUGGCAACGCCUGAAGCGGUGUUGUUACGAGAUCUAGGCUUGGGCAAAGGGCAAAUCGCCUACCAUGGUACUUUUACCGUUAGAGAUGAGGAUGAGAUUGGCCGUGGUUCCGAUGCUGCUGUGUAUCGAGUAGUAUGGCAAGGCAUACCGGUUGCUGCAAAGGUGUUGCAUCCGAACCUUGUCCAAACAGGUUUGGAGGGGAGAGAUAAGAGACUUUGGCGAUUUGGCGCUGAAAUAGCCAGACUGUCUCAACUCCAUCACCCUCAUCUUUGUCAAAUUAUCGGUGUUGCGGUCACUGAAGAUCGUCGUCUGCCAGUUUUAGUAGUGGAGCUAUUGGAUCGUACACUAUAUGAAUGUAGCGUGGGUCCAGAUCGGUUGGACAAUGUCACCCUGCUAUCGUUCCUGGCUGAUGCAAUGGCGGGCGUUCGUUAUCUCCACAGCAGAGAUCCACCAGUGAUUCAUCGUGACCUAACUUUACGGAAUGUCUUGAUCAAGGACCAGAUCGCGAAGCUCUGUGACUUUGGUUGUGCGAGACUGCGCGCAACAAAUCCUGCGGAUUUGGUUGGCUUGUUGCCAGAUCUGACAGCAUGUCCAGGGAAUGCGCUUUACAUGCCGCCGGAGGCUCUACAAAACCCUCCGGUAUACGACGAAUCACUGGACAUCUUUUCUUUUGGCGUGCUGGCUACGAGCGUCCUGACCGGUGUUGAACCCUCGACAGACUUGCACACCUCACCAAGGCACAUCAGACAGAUUGUACAACGAGCAGACGGAACAAGUGAAGAGACCGUCACCCCUAUCAGCGAAGUCGAGCGGCGCCGUGUUGAUUUGGGAAGAAUACCAGCUGGCCAUCCACUCAAGCCUGCAAUCGUUCGCUGCCUGGCAGUCAUUGCAGAUGAUCGCCCCAGGGCUGAGGAUCUGCACGAGAUAGUUCUGGACACGGUAAAGCUGGCACGUGAUUUGUCCCUGAGUCAGCCUAUCACUGCUGGUACACGGGUUACCAGGCAACUAGAGUCGAUUUCCCAGCAGCUAAGCCAGCAAGCUACAUGCAUUGCUGACAUCACCGCACGCAGCUCUGCAGUAGAGGACCAACUCAGCACCAUCACACAGCGUCUUGUCGACACUCAGCUGGAAACCACCGCUAUCCGUGACCAACUGCAGACUACGAACCAGCAGGUAACUGAGAUCCAUGACCGCCUCCAGACUGCAAGCGAACAGGUAACUGAGAUCCAUGACCGCCUCCAGACUACAAGCGAGCAGGUAACUGAUAUCCAUGACCGCCUCCAGACUACAAGCGAGCAGGUAACUGAGAUCCAUGACCGCCUACAAACUGCAAGCGAACAAGUAACUGAGGUGCAUGAUGGUGUGGAGACUAUGAGUAUGAAGCCACGCGUGACCACGAUCCGUGACCGCCAGGAGACUACUCUAGAGGGUUUGGAAACGCGCCUCUAAGCACGCGUACAGCAGACAAUGUUCUUUUGUAACAAUUAACUCCCAGUAUCGAGUCAGCGAGAAUCGGCAUAUUGCACACAGGAAAUGGCAAGGAGAAAGUCCAACGAGGGAAGAAUUCUACGUGCAGAGACAAACCACAGACUACUGCCAGAAGUCCAGAAGUGGAAAAGCAAGAAGAAGAAAGCCUGAGCCGACUUUCAAUGCCAGAGGUAGAUCCUCGUAAAGGAUACUUGGUGGAACAACAACAAAACAAUUGUAUACACAUAAUUAUGGUAGAGUACAUAAGCAUGUAGCAGAGUUCACAGGAAGUAGUACAUCUGCGCAACGUUCCGAGAGUCAUGCGUAGCAUGGUACUCUACGUAACCGACAAUGGCAACAUGAUAAAGGCUACAUCCUGUAAACAAAAUGCUGCCGCGCAGAAGCUUGAGAAAUGCACAAAAUUACGAAAUCGCGGAACGAAAGAUAAAUCGCAAGAAAUCCGUGCAGGCACUACAGAUACUCCCCCGCCAGUGUACAAGCAGGAGCGGUACACGAUAAGAAAGGGAAAGACACGGAAAAGGAAAAGCCGAGGAAAUAUUAAACAGAAAAAUGAACGCGCCGAACAAAUGGUUUAGCAGAAAGGGGAGAGCUAGGAGCAGCAAUGGAAGAAGCAACCGCAGCACUUAGACUGGCAGCUCCAUACGCGGGUUUCACGUGGCCAAUGGGGAUGGUGUCCUCUCGACCAUUCAACUCAACCACCAGAGACUUGGCCUAAUGGGAAAGAACACGAUGAGGACCGGUAUAAGGAGCAUGGAGUGGCUGACGGUGUCCAUCAACGCGGACGUAAACAGGAGUGCAUGUGGAGAGGUCAGCACUGACAAAAGGGACUGGUCGGGCCUGAAGGCGAGUGUUAACCUGAGCUGGUCGGAUAGAAGACAUCGUGUCCCGAAGACGUGCAACAUAUUCAGCAGUAGGCACCCAGUUGUCAUUGGGAGUGGGAGCAAGGAAGUCGCCUGGGAGACGGAGCGUUGAACCAUGAACGAGCUCGGCAGAGCUGCAGCCGAGAUCAGUCCGGAGAGAUGACCGGAUACCGAGGAGAACGAGAGGCAGUGCAGCGACCCACUGGUGCGGCUGUGGUUGCGCUUUGAUGGCGGCCUUCAGUUCGCGAUGGAAGUGCUCGACUAAGCCGUUAGCCUGCGGAUGAUAGGCAGUAGUACGACAGCGAUUAGUACCAAGAAGAUGCAUUAGCUGCUGGAAGAGAGCCGAUUCGAAAUUCGAACCACGGUCAGUCAUGUUAACAGACGGCACGCCAAAACGAGCAACCCACAGUACAAGCAGUGUGAUAGACAGUGGGUGAAAGUAGCAAAGGUACCAUAUGACGUGCACCGUGGCUGUGUUGUGCAUGCUACUGACACUAGUGUUAGUCUUCUAGGUGGCGUUUUCUUAAAGUCAACUAAACCUCCUUUGUUUUUGUUUCCAGGCGACUGUGUUAGCUGUUACACACUUCUGGACAAGUAGUAACAUAACCACAGCUUUUAUUAUUUAUGUUCUGUACUCUAGACAGAGCGUCAGCAAUGUCGUUAGGUUGAGCACUCUUACCCUUGCCGCUCGCCUUGCUUCAACGCUCACUGCUCUUGGAGCAUUUCGAGCACUCUUGGCGGGGUUUGCAGCUCUUUAUAAAAAAUGCUUUGCUUCACGGAAACGUAUUUCAUUGCGAAGAGCUGCGCUUCGGUCCUCUGAGCUGUGCUGAGGAGUUCACACAGAGCGAAACAGUUGCUGUCCACAGACUUGAGUGUUCUGUACUUUAUAAUAUUCAUUUACUUUAGUAUUCAUUUAGACAACAUCUCCUGGCACGUCAACAGCCGGCCAGUUAACCAGUUGAGAUGAAAGGUGAUUGCCAACCAUGUCAGAAUAGAUUAUACAGAGUGGACAGAGAGAAAGAAAAUGAAAAAAUUGCAUUUGACAGCGUUGUACAAUAGUGCAUCAGCUGCUUGCGUCUCUAAAGGAGAGCUGGUUGAUAAACUCAUUGAUAGAAGACUUGAUAUGAGAGGGUAGAUAAGAAUAGCUUGGAUCCAGAAAAUAUUACAGGUGGUGCUAGAUUGUGAAAAGCAGUUGUAAAGCGUGAGAUGCACUGGGUAACCUUACCUAAGCGAAUUUUGCCGGUGAAUAAGCAUGCAGAGAUGGCAACGACGUCGGGCAGCAAGGGGGCACGCAUGAGCGAGAUUGUAGAGGCACUGAGAGGAAUAAGGGCGGUCUUUAUAAAAUAACUUCAGUAUGAGGCGACUGUGGACUUUCAAAAGAUUCCGUGAGUUUGGUAAUUUUCAAAGAUGUUUGACCGACGUACCUUGAUGUUUUCUAUCGCUGAAUUUCUCAACUUCUCUUCGUGCAUGUAUAAAUUAAUAUUUUUUUGCCAGAGAAUCGCGCUGUUCCUUUACCCUGGAUAUACUCUAUACAUCUUUUUCCUCUUGUAAUCACGCAUGGAUGCAGCUAAUGGGGUCGUUUUCGGCACUUGUGCCAGUUGUUGUGAGACUUGCCCACUCACCCCCACCGUGCGUUAGGCGCUGCAUCUGCCACUAGGGUUUAUCGGGUGUUAGUGGCCGUCGUGAGUUCCCUUCGGGAACGGAUACGAUAAUUUAUUCACGCUGAUUUUUGUCACCCAUUUCCCUCGCGCUAUUGAAAUGUACCUCCACCACCUCUGCCCUCUUCUAUCAAGACCCUCCGUAUAUUCUAGUGAUUGUUAGUCUUGGUCAUAUGCUGUCUGAUACGCUCUGGUGGAUUAUGCUCGCGAAAUCAUGGAAUUGUGCUUUCAUGGAUUCUCGCAUUAUGCCAGUCGAUCAAGAGGGUACAGUAAUGGGUAAUGGUUCUCAUUAGCCAUUGGCGGACUAUGCUCGGCCAAUCGUCAAAUUAUGCUUAUGAUUAUGCCACAAUUAUGCCAACAAAUAUGCUGAAUUAUGCUCGGUUCCACUAUGUAUUCACGCUGUACAUAGAGGAUUGAGAAACCACGUAUACACACACGGCCAUGCCCUAAGCAUAAUUUUUGUCUAAACCGAAAGAUUAUGCCGACCUUACACGUUGGAAUCCGUAUAUUUUGCCGGAGCAUAAUUUGUUGACGAAAUCCCAA